UGUCAAUUGUAUGUCUUAAAAGAAGUUAUCGAAAAUGUUUAUUUGUUUAAGAGUCGAAUAAUAGAUUAUUACCUUGCAGUACAAAAGAUCAUUCCCUUAACUAAAACUCACGUUGGUGUAAGUGAAUCUCCUGUUAAUGCAUCACCCUCUAAAGCUUCAAGGACUCAUGACGCUUUAAAAAUUUCUGAAUAA